AAUCCUUGAGUGAUUGUAUCGCACACGAGAAGUCUAGUUGGUGUCACAAUGCCGUGUUUAUUCGAGUAUUUUGUAUGAACGAUAUGGGAGAAAACAAUUUUAGAAGUUCAUCCACUUCCUCCUACUUGGAACCAGUCUUGCAAAACAGUCCUGCAGACCAUGUUGUUCAAGAACCUACAGAAAGUAAAACAAAUAUCAGCACGCCAGGCGAUACCCACACAAAUGUCGUACAGGGUUCCCAGGCAGACCCGUAUGCUAGUCUGAAUUCAUACAAAUAUCGGCACAGCUAUACAGGAUUGAGAGACAAUCCUCAGUAUGAUGAUGUGUACAGCGAGCGGACGGGAAGCGUGAGAUAUGAUAGGCUACAAGACCAAGUAUAUCAUCUCCCAUACCAAAAUCCGAUAACGGAUGGCAACAACAUAGAAAAUCCACCCGAGAAAAAACUGCUAGCCUUCAUGUGGUGUUGUUCUAUCACUAGUCUCAUUAUAAACUGUCCUAUUGGAGUGUUCUCAGUCUGCUACUCGUACAUGGCAAAAACAGAAAGUUUCUACCCCAUGAGAAGAUACUACAGAUGUAUGGCUUUAGUUGUAAGCACAGUUGCUAUCAUCGGUUUCAUCAUCACAAUUAUUACAGUAUCAUCUGUUUUAAUUACCAUUUCAAACUCCAGAAGGUGAGAAUUUACCUAGCCGUGAUACACAAACCCACAGCCGUGACUGUUUGUGUCUCAGAAUGUGUUAUUUGUUUAUAAUUCUAGAAAUAAAUUAUAAACAAGAUGAUUACAUGUAAUAAUCCCAGUUGCAUUCAAAAAUAUAUUUUUGAGCUUUACAGUUCCGAUAAUUAUUGUCAUGAAGUAUUGAUGUUUACUACUACAGUGGACAAUGGAAGGGUUUCAUCGCUAUAUAUUUUCCUCCAAUGCAAACUCUUUGCUUUGUAUAUUAUUAAUUGAAGAUUACCGGUAGACAGUUUUCGAUUCGGAGGUGUUCAAGGAAUACAUUAAAAAACAUCAACAACACUGAUGCCCCGGAUUACAACAAAGUGGGACUUUAAAACAUUGCAGUUUUUUAAUUUCCAAAAACAGGUCAAAGGACAUUAUCUAGGUCACAAGGUCAACAAAUCUGGUAUCGUUGGAAGGGUCUUCUCAUAAAAAAAUGCACAUGCUUGAUUUAAAAGCAGUACCUCUUACGAUUUGAAAGAUAUUGUUUAUAUUCGAAUUUUCUAAAAGUAGGUCAAAGGUCAAUGUUAAGGUCACCAGGUCAACGAUUUUGGUGUCAAUGUAAAGGUCUUGACACAAGGAAUACACAAACUAAAUACCAGCUUGAAAACUUUAGAUUUUACUAUGUAAAAUAUUUAACACUGGAAUUAUUCAUUGUCAAUCAAAUCAAAGAGUCGGACAGGGAGAUUUACUAGUUCUUUUCUAUAUCUUGUUUUCAUCAAAUAAUUGUUUAAGGAACUCCUAAAUUAAAACCACAAUCUAAUACUCGAUCACAAUUACUCCUCCCCAGUUUUUGUGGACGACACUGACUGCAUUGCAUUAUCCCCGUCUUCUCUUCAGUUAGUGAUGGAUAUUGAAUGCAUAUACAUGAUUGCCUGUAAAUAGUACUUUGAAUACAACACUUCUAAGUCAAGCAUCUUACCAUUCUGUGUGAAAAGUCAAUGGUACAUGUAAAUUGCUGAUAAAGAUAUUCAUUUGGGAUACCAUAGAAUACAAUAUGGACAAUUAAGUUUAUGAACAUCUAGGAAUACCUCUAAUUCAUUUGCAAACUUAUUGUUUCAAAAUCCUUGUAACACUUUCCAUGUGCGUGUUAGGUCAUGCUAUUACCAAUAUCUUCUCCCACGAAUAUGUGUCCUAUAACACAUAGGCGAGGCAGCAAAACGCAUGAUGGAACUCUAGAUAGUUCGUUCGGUGAAUACUUAAAAGCAGAGGUAUGUGGUCUGCCAGAAUACAAUCUGUAUCAUUUACUUCUUGGAUAACACACAUUCUGUUUUUUCCACCCACAAAAUUAAGAAGUUGAAUUUAGGAAACUUAAUUCCAAACACGCCGUUACGUGCUCUGUGAUAGGCUACAAAACGUCACAUCACGUAAAUAGAAAGAGCAGCACCAUGUUUGGCUACGCUUUGAAACAUGUGUGAUAUUUACUGGUUUUGUAUUUUAUUUGUAUUUUGCAAUUCCCUUUGCUCAAUUUAUAUAUCUUUUGUAUUCCCUGUUCGCCUUUUGAAAAAAAAUCUACUGAUUGUAAUUACGUUUUCUGUUCUUACGAAAUCAGUGAAUUUGAGUUUUUAUUGUACAUAUAGAGAAAAUCAUAAAUGGAAUCAAAUGCAUAAAUUAAUUGAAUUUUGU